AUGGCUCUCUUGGUCAGCAUUUUGUACUUCUUGGUGCUCUCCUGCUGCCUGGAGGCUACAGCAGCCCGAAAUUAUGAGAACACCCUAACAGUGGAAAAUGGAGGACCAAGGGGAAAUUGGGGUGCCAUCGAAUUGUGCCCUGAAGGUUAUGCUCGUGGAUUCGCACUCAAGGUACAGGAACGCCAGGGUAUAUUGCGUGAUGAUACAGCUCUGAAUGGCAUUCGCCUUUACUGCACUAAUGGUGAAGUCAUUGAGUCAAAAACUGGACCGUGGGGAGAAUGGACAGAGGCUAAGUAUUGUCCCAAAAGGAACUUAAUCUCCUUCACUCUGAGAGUGGACAAACGCCGAGGGUUUGGUCAUGAUAAUAAAGCAGCUGUCAAUGUCCGGUUCAUCUGUCAAGGUGGACAAGUUCUGACAGGCAACUCAUAUAAAUCAGGUGAUUUUGGCCCAUGGAGUGAUCGCUGUAGCUCUAGCUCCAUAUGUGGGCUUCAGACAAAGGUAGAGGACCAACAAGGUAGUGGUGAUGAAUCCGCACUUAAUGAUGUAAGAUUUUUCUGUUGUUCCUGA